AUCCCACCUCUCGCUCUUUCUCUCUUUUUUUCCUCCCUCCCGGCUGCCAGCUUGUGUAGUGCUGAUAUAUAAAAAAACACUGGAGUAACUAACUCGCAGGUGAACAGCAGAGCUUCAGUCCACUGCUGCCGCUGCUGCUUGCAGACAGACAUAAACGAGCGCGCGGGGGGAGGAAACCUCACGACUCUCCACCGACCACAACAACCAACCGUCUGACUCCUAAACAGGUUUUCCGAUUCCUGAGUAGACAAAAAAAAAAUAUCUCCGGUCUGACCUGAAAAUCUGCGGACUGACUGUAAGGGGCAUGCGUGCAGCGCAGCUACAGAGGAACUCUUUAUGAACGGGCUGAAGUGCCAAGAAGGAUUUCCAUUUCUCCCACAGCUCCGGCUUUCUUCUCUCUGUCGCGCAGGAACGACGCGUGCUUCACUGGACUUAUAAUCGACCAGCGAAUUUCCAGGCUGAUGAAGCACUUUGUCAGCCCUUAUAUUGUUCUUUGCUUUUCUGCAGCCCAGCGAGAAACCUGCAAAACAUCACUGUAGCGCAGCGGUGAUGGACAUUCGCUUUGGCGUCUCGGUUAUGCACGCAUUGGAGUCAUUGUGCUUUUUUUUCAAAGGCGCUACUUUUGCACACAUCUCUCGCUCGCCUGACUUUCUUUAAAGCUUAAAAUGUUUUGUCGGUGUGUAUGAGCGAUGGCGUCCGAACCGCACCAGGUGACGGAGAGGUUAUCUGCACGUUUGGACCUGUUCGCGUGGAUAAUGAGAAUUUAUGCCACAGGUGAAUGAAUAUUUUCUGUUUUGAAGCCGCUUUCUGACUCUGGCAUACAGCUCAAGAGGGCUGCACGGUGAACAAUGGAUCUCAAAGUGGAAACAGAAGAAAUGGACUCAAAUCAACCUCCACCCAUAGAAGUUUUUGCGCACAGCUCGACCCUGCACGGAAUCUCUCACAUCUUCACGUAUGAGCGGUUCUGCGUCAAACGCUGCCUGUGGCUCGUGUUUUUCUUGGGCUCUCUGACCUUCUUGCUGUACGUGUGCGUGGACCGGAUCCACUUCUACCUCGAGUACCCUCACGUCACCAAACUGGAUGAGGUCACGACCCCGAUCAUGACGUUCCCCGCCGUCACUUUCUGCAACCUGAACGCUUUCCGCUUCAGCCGCGUGACUCGCAACGACCUGUACCACGCAGGGGAGCUGCUGGCCCUUCUCAACCAAAGGUAUGAGAUCAGAGACAUGCACCUAGUGGAGGAGAGCGUUCUGGAGAGUCUCAAGGUCAAAGCCGACUUCCACAACUUUAAACCGCGACCCUUCAACAUGCGGGAAUUCUACGACCGCACCGGCCACGAUAUCAGUGACAUGCUGCUCUCCUGCCACUUCCACGGCACCGAGUGCAGAGCAGAGGACUUCAAAGUGGUAUUCACUCGCUAUGGGAAGUGUUACACCUUUAACGCUGGUGGUGAUGGGCGCCCUCCCCUCAUCACCACAAAGGGAGGUAUGGGUAACGGCCUCGAACUCAUGCUGGACAUUCAGCAGGAUGAAUACCUGCCAGUCUGGGGAGAAACGGAUGAGACUUCGUUUGAAGCUGGGGUCAAAGUUCAGAUCCACAGUCAGGAUGAGCCGUCCUUCAUUGACCAGCUCGGAUUCGGAGUGGCACCCGGGUUCCAGACAUUUGUUUCCUGCCAGGAACAGAGGCUGAUAUAUCUCCCCCCACCCUGGGGGGACUGCAAGGUGACGCCCAUGGAGUCGGACUUCUUUGACACUUACAGCAUCACAGCCUGUCGCAUUGACUGCGAAACGCGCUACCUGGUGGACAACUGCAACUGUCGCAUGGUGCACAUGCCUGGCGAUGCCCCCUACUGCACCCCCGAGCUGUACAAAGAAUGUGCUGACCCAGCUCUGGAUUUCCUGGUGGAAAGAGACAAUGAUUUCUGUGUGUGUGAGACGCCGUGCAACAUGACCAGAUACAGCAAAGAGCUGUCUUUUGUCAAGAUCCCCAGCAAGGCUUCUGCUAAAUAUCUUGCAAAAAAAUACAACAAAUCUGAGCAGUACAUUAAGGAAAAUAUCCUGGUUUUAGACAUCUUCUUUGAAGCUCUCAAUUAUGAAACUAUUGAACAGAAGAAAGCAUAUGAAGUGGCUGGACUUUUAGGUAUAGCUUCAUUUCUAUUAUAUAACAUAGACUGCUUACAUUUUUUUGUCUUCAUGGUGCGCAUUUGUCAUGAAUAUGUUUUCAUUUCAGGUGAUAUUGGUGGUCAGAUGGGACUUUUUAUUGGUGCAAGCAUACUGACUAUUCUGGAGAUAUUUGACUACCUUUAUGAGGUAAUGAAGUACAAACUGUGCCGCUGCUCCGAUAAGAAGCACAAGCAUAACAACAACAACGACCAGGGAACGGUCCUGAGCUUAGACGAUGUCAAGUGUCACGUCAGUAACUUUCACUAAGCUUCUGCAGCCGGGGGCAGAGAGCCGCCGCACUCUCUUGUUUGUGAGCAGCUUCGUGGACUUUGUUCUUUGCAGGUUUUCUUUCUUUUCCCACUGCUGGAACAACAGAGGAAGUGUGUGAACUGUGCCUGAUUAAGGUGUGUAAGCGACAUGAUGAAAUAGGGACGUGUGGCUGAGGUAAGCGGACGGCCACAGAGACGCGAGGGCAGGAGAAGCAAGAGAAGUAAAACAAAAAAAUGUUAGAAUAGCUGCAUGGUCUUCUGUAAACACCUUUUCAAGACAUAGUAACAGAUACAGUAAAAGGUUACACAGGUUCAUUAUGUGUUCAGUAAAUCAGUGUUAGAAAUCCCAGCAAUAUGGUGUCAGUUUGACUGUUUUUGUGUGAAAUAGUUGUUAAUUUACAGGAAUUUUCUGUGCCGCACACAUUUUUUUUUAUUCGACUAAACCAGCUUUCUCUUUUACUUACAGCUGUCUUUACUUACAGCUGUCUUCCCCUGUUAAACUCAGCGCAUUCUGCCAUCAUACUGUACUACCUCGUCUCGCAGGAUGACAGUGCCAAAAAUAAUUUAGGAGCCAAGUAAAACUGACUGACAAAAAGGUAAUUUUCAUGUAGAGUAGGCGGACAUUAAAGAAAGCCCAACAUUUUCUUGAAAAGUAGUCGCAGGCGGUUUUCACAGAAAGCAUUUUGAUGCGUCACAAUAGGUAAAAGCACAAAUGUAAGGAUAGCUGAGAUCCAUUUACUUCUUUUAAUUAUGGGUUCCUGCAGCUGGAUGAAUAAAGCGUAAUAAAAUCUCAGUCACUGUGACACCUCGUCGCUUCCCACCGUCGCCAUGUGCUUGCUCAGAGGGCAUCAUCUGUUCACUGAGGUUCUGUCUUUCUUAUUGUAGGGUCUUUACCUUUCAAUAUAAAGCACAGUCACACAUCUUUAGUUGUGAAGGGGCACUAUGUUAAUGAAACUGAACUGAACUUUUUAAGCCUGAUAAAAUUUAGUACACCCCAAAUUGUAUUUAAUUUUAUAGAUGUUAAAUUGCUCAUAUUGGUGUAGCUAGGUCUGUUUGUAAAUAGAAAAAGAUUAAAUAAUAAGAGUAAAUGUAAGCUCUGUGAAAGUAGCUGUUUUGUUUUAUGGUAGUUAUUUUCUGUCACAUCAAUCCUGAGGUAAUGGUGGAUGCUCAUAAUAAACAUGGCCAGAGUUUCAGAUAUAUGUAAUCCUUGCUAGCAAAAAGGCCAGCUUUAAACUAGUUCAGACCCCACUGUUGUAAUAACCUGAGAUAUCAGGACAUCAGGACAAACCUUCUAUUUGCAAAAGGCAGCCAAUCAGACGAAAGUUGGAGAAGCACUAAGACUUUUUCUUCCCUUGAAGGGAGAGAGUAUGCAAUCGGUUACAUUUGCUUGUCUGUCAGUUAACAGUUUAGCGUCUGCAGUUUUCAAGAUAUUAUUUUCAAAUUUUGUGUGAUGGUGGAUACCAAUAACAGCUCAAGCUGAUUUAAUUUAGGUGGAAAUCGGGUCAAGGUGACGUGAAAAUCAGUAAAACCUUUAUAUUACCCAAUGUUUUUAAUGGCUCGUCUUCAAACUUCACAACAAUACACGAGGACUUUGGGGAUACAAGUACCUAGGCUGGGUAAGCAUUUGACCUACACUGUUAGCACGAAGAUCAAAAUUUCAAGAAUCUAUAACAAUAAUUCCUAUAAUAUAUCAUAUAAAAGGGCAUGGAGGACACUUUUUUUUGCAAUACAACGCCCUAUGGUGUUGCAGUAACACCAUGACAGGCUAACGUUAUCAUAUUGUAAUAAAACACCAUAAAACAUCAAAGUUUUAGUAUAGUCGGUUGCUCUGAGUGCUCUUGUUUUUGCUUUUCAGACAGUGAAUGAACCGAUAAACUACCCAAAGUCCAGCAUAAGACACAUAAAGAAUAAUUUGAACUGUAACUCAUGUAGACCUAUUGUAAUGUAGUCCACGAUAAAAAUACAGAAUUGGAAAUGAGCACUAUAAGCUCUUUCUCACUUUCUCUUAGAAAACGUUUGUUUGCAUCUUUUCACCGCACAUUCUUUGUUAUAACCAGUUUAUGUAUGAGAGUAAAAAAAGGCGUACGUAUGAUUUUUAUGUGCACGCACAGUUUAUACAUCCAGCCUCUGAUGUUGCGCAUGGUGUCGCACUUUGGCCCAUCAUAUGAUGCUUGUAAAUGUUAUCAGUAACCUGUGUUUUUCCUGCUGUAACAAGUUCAAAUGCCCGCUGUGAAAAAGGUCUGCCAAGGGAACUACUUGGGUUAAAAACCAGUUGCUAGAUUCCCCGCAAAAAAGAUGUAAUCAAACAAUAUGACAAAGAGACUUAAUCAUUGUAUACUGUACAGCUUUACUGUAGAAAUGAGAAAUUUAUUAACACAUGAUGCCAUAACAUUCGUUUAAGAGAAUGUCAUUCAUGUUUACAUGCUUUUUGUCACAUUUUAAGGAAUUUUGCUUCCGUUGUGUCAACAAGGCUGGAUCAAAUCAACUAGGAUCAAUAUUUUGAAUGUUUUUUACUUUCGAGCGCUGACUUGCAUGUAGCACUGUACAGCAAGCAUCCUAUAUGUACAGUUCAUCCACACCUGCAGUUUGAGCCUUCUUCUGUCCUCGUGUCUGGGUGCGUUUUGUGAGCAUGUAUUCAUUUGCGUUUUUACAGCAAUGAAAGAAAAGUGGAAAGAUCCUGCCCUAAAAUGCUCAACAGUGAGUGUGGUGUCAGGUAGACGGUGAAAAUCUGAUCUCUGCAGAGCAAGUUUGAGAGUUUCCUUCAUGAUUGUGUAUAUACCAAAAUUAGGGAUGCACCGAUAUAUCGGCCAAACCUCAGCACAGCCUGAUCUCGGCCUUGUUGACCAUUCACUUCUCUGCAAACAAGAAUGUAUUUAUUGACGUGAGUGUUUUCUGAUCUUUUUUUCACAAUGCCUAAUGUUUAAGAUGGCGUGUCAGUUCUGUUAUUGAAUAUUUGCUUGUUUUCCUGACACACGAAGGAAAAGCAAACAAGAACAAAACAUGGCGUGCCCAGAAGUUCACAGUCGGUGCAUCCCUACCAAAAAUCUAACAUUGUUUAAUAUUCUGCUCCUUGUUGUUCUCAACAGGAAGUAGGAUCUGAUUAGCGUGUAGCUGUGUGGUGUUACUAUCAAGCACAAUUAUUCCAUCAGUUGUAAUUUAGUGUAAAUAUUACUGUUGACUGUGGAUAAUAAUCCUUGUGUAUUAGCAUAGUCUGGUUUGUCUAAUGGUGUACUUAAUGGAUUUAUUUCAAAGAAACUUGCUGUGUGUCUCAAUUCAUUUUUUCUUCUGUAAAUGACUGUAAAUUUGUUUAUUUGUCAAAGACGGUAAUAAAGUAGGGGGGGCUGUUUGUUUUUUUUAUUAAUAUUGCUAGAGUCGAGUCACAGCUGCCGUUCUCAUCAGCACAUGAGAAUUAAAUAGCCAGACUGUUGCUGCAUGAGGUCGCCCAGCUUACUGCUUUUGUUUUUGCCUCUGUCUUUACUUUUGCCUUUUCAUUUGUGAUAUGAAAGGACAGCUGUUUUAGUCUGGUGAUGUAAAGAUGAAUAAUGGACUUGAAUCGGUUGUUACAUUAAAGAUCAAAUGCUAACUGUA